AUGUAUGCACUUCGUACCAAUCCCAAUAGACUCAAAAGCUGUCGUGUUUGCGAAAAUUGUGGCAUAGAGUUCUCGUCAUGGAAAUCAUUCCUUGAACAUGGGAAAUGCACAUUAGAUGAGGCUGACUCCGACGCUGGAGAAUCGUUUCAUGGAUCAGACCUUGAGGAAGGUCUCCCUAGAAAAGGCUAUGAACACAAUUGGUCAAAGAGAAAGCGGUCCUAUAGGGCCGCUAAAGUUGACCCUAAUUGCCCUUUGAGCGAGGAGGAAGACCUCGCUCAUUGCCUUAUGAUGCUAUCAAAUGGAAUAGUAGAGCCUUUUUCUGUUGCCGAGACCGAGGAGUCGUGCGCCUCCGCAAGCAAAGAUGACGGGAGAAAUCACCAACUGAAUCAUUAUAACCAGAGUUACAAGAGCCCAAUUCAACAUGAAAAGGCAAAACUAGUCACCCCGAAAGGAUUAUUCGAGUGCAAAGCAUGCAAGAAAGUUUUUAAUUCUCAUCAAGCACUUGGUGGACACCGCGCCAGUCAUAAAAAGGUGAAAGGUUGCUUUGCAGCCAAACUUGAUCACACUGAUUUUAAUGCACCAUCAGACCAAGCUCAUGCUAUGAUCACGCAAGCCGAGUUGUAUCAUACCGAACGUGAACAUGAUCACAUGGGAUCUUCUGUGAAAAAGAAGGCAAAAGUACAUGAGUGUUCUAUAUGUUACCGUGUGUUUUCCUCCGGACAAGCUCUUGGAGGUCACAAAAGAUGUCACUGGAUCACAUCAAAAACUUCGCCAGACCACGCAUCCCAUUCAGUUGUUAAAUUUGAUAAUAAUCAAUUUUACGAUCAAGCUGCCGUUGCAGUAAAUAAUUUUCCAAAGGAUUCGGAAACACUUGAUCUAACACUUGAUCUAAACUUCCAUGCCCUGGAUGCUAAGCCACAAAACAACCAUAUUUCUCAAGAAGUAUUUUUAUUACCAUGGGUAGGAGCCGAUAACUGUGAAAAAGACAAAAUCUACUCAACAAAAGAGAAUAUAAAGCAAAUAACGGACAAUGGAAUAGAGACAAAGACAAAGUUUGCUAAGCUAAUUGAACUUAAAGAAAUGAAGUCAAGUGAAACUUCAUCGCAGUGGUUGCAGGUAGGCUUUGGUUCGACAUCAAGUCAAGCGGGAAGUGACCCUUAA